AUGGUGGAUCAAUACCUCGGCAUGUUGUACAGAGACACGGGCCACUGGGAGCUGCUGGCGCUGGCGCGGCUGCACGGGCGCCUGCUGGUGAUCCUGGACGGCUUCGACGAGGCCGGCCACCUGGAGCGACAACUGGGCAGAGAGAUCUCCAGCAAGCUGAACAACGAGGUCUUCCUCAUCGUAACCUCUCGGGAGAUGAGCGGCGUGCUGAGCGGCAGCGACUUUGCGCGGUUCCGCUCGGUGAGGGUCAAGGAGCUCAACGAGGACCAGCGGCGACAGGUGAUCCGCCGGCGCUUGACGGACGCCUCGCACGGGGAGGAGGCGGUUCAGGCCUUCUGCAACCAGCUCACGCUGAACCCGGCGCUUUGUGCCAUGACGAGGAACCCACUGCUGCUGAAUGUGACCCUCUCCGUGUACCAGACCGCAGAUGGCACCUUAGGCGGCUCCUUGAAUAGAGGCAAGGUCUAUGGCCUGGCACUGGACGGCAUGCUGAGCAACCUGGAGCGCGCCAAAGCCGUGGGCGGCAGCCCCGUCACCUCGAACCUUCGCAAAGUGCUCAAGAGCACCGCCUUCCUGGCGCACUCCGAGCGCAGCGGCCGGGGCAUCCGGGACUUCCGCCGGCCCUUGGUGCAGAGGGCGAUCGCAAGUUGCGGCCUCAAAGACUGGGACGCGCAGUGGAAUGAGGUGGAAGACCUCAUCAAGAAAGGAAGGCUUCCGCUGCUGACUUGGUUCUCUGAAGAGGGCGAAGACACCUUUCGCUUCGCCCACCUCACCUUUCAGGAGUUCCUUUGCGCGGAGUACUGCCUGAACGAAUGUCAGAAGAGUGAGGACUUCCUGCUGGAGCUUCGGGAGUUGAUCUGCCCAGAGAAGCCGCAGCAGAUCGUGGAACGAGGAUGGUGGCAGCAGAGCAUCCAGAUGUUCUGCGACUUAGCGGCGGCCACCGAAGCUCCCGAGUCUCGCCACUCCUCCGGCAAGUGUUGGGGCAGCGUUCUCGGGGAGUGCCUUCUGCAGCUGAGGCCCGCGGACGCCCUCCCCGCAACUUCUGCCUCCCGCCAAGCGCCUCGCAGCGCCGGACGCGGCCGCACGCGGCGGCGGGGCCAGGCCUUGCCGUCGGACUCGGAGUCGGAGCGCGACGAGGACAUGGCCAGCGCGAGCGCUCCCAGCACCGUGGACUUCCAGCACCUGGUGAACGACACCAACAUUCUCACGGUGCUGUCCAUGCUGAGGUCCAGUGAUUUGGUCACCACGCUGAAGCUCGGGGGCGGCCUCUCCUCCAGCGGCAUCGCCACCAUCCGCACCUUGCAGGUGAGCAAUCUGCGCUUCCUGUGCCUGAAUCAGAACUACAUCGGCCCCGAGGGAUGCUCGGCCAUUGCGGCUUUCCUGCGGCGCACUGAGUGCUUGGAGACGCUGGAGCUGGUGAGCAACAUCCUUUGCCAAGGAGCUCCAAAGGAGGUGAUGCCCCCGCGCUCCCGCCGGAACCCGCCCACCGGCUACUACGAGGCUUACGUCCAGGACUUGCAGGGCUUAAAGGAGUUGUUGGACACGAUCAGGGACCACAGCACCAUGCGGAUCCUGGAUGUGCGCGGCAACUUCUUGCCCCUCGAGGCUGGGCGGAUGUUGGCGGACCUGGUCUUUGCCAACCCAAAGCUCAGCCAGGUCUGUGGCGUGGACUUGGAGGCGAUCCGAGGCAUGGGGAUGAGAGAGCUGGACAUCAGCAACCACGAGAACUUCUUCAACUCGGAGUACCACGCCCGCCGAGACGAGCCUUUCUUGUCCACGGGCGGAGCCUACUUUGUGGUCCAGUUGCUGCUUAAGCACCGCCCCAAGCAGCUAAAGAAGCUCCGCUUGGCCAAUCAGGCCUUGGCAUCGGACACCGCCGGGGUAGUGGAGCUUUACGACCAGUUGGGCCUUGCGCUGGCGGGCAGCCCCCUGGAAACUCUGGACCUGAGCGGCUUCUGGGACUCGGGCGCGGAGGCGGGCAUUGCGCUGGGCCGGCGCUUGAAGGAGUCUCCGGUGAAGAAGCUCUCAGUGGGCACCGGGGUGCUGGACAUGACGAAGCUCCGGCAAGGCGAAGAAGGCAGCACCUUGCAGCUGGGAUCCUCGAGGAUGCGCGACUGCGGCGCGGGCAUCGUCAGCCAAUGUUUGCCGAAGGGGGUUGUCCUGGACCUGAAGGGCGCCGGACUGGGCGCGCACGGCUACAAGGUGCUCUCUCAGUGUGAGGCAGUGGUGAAGAUCGACGGUGUGGACCUCUCUGACUUCCAGGAGGACGCUGAGACCUUGGACUUCUCCCAGGACCCUCAGAACUCCACGGGCUCCGUGGCCGCCAUCAUCGCGCGCACCGUCUUGACGCCGAAGCUUCGGUCGCUGAACCUCUCAGGCAGCAAUCUCACCAGCAAGAGUCACGUGCACCCCUUGACUCCGGUGGUCGGGGGCUACGGCGGGAUCGGCUGCAACGGCGGCUGCGACUGCCGCCACUUUCAGGGCACCAACGCCUACACCCACUGCGCGGAGUGCGACCUCGACUUCUGCUCCACCUGCUGCAUGUCGGAGUGCCCCAUGAUCGCGCUGGCGGAGUCUUUAGAGCGGCUGCCGCACCUCAUGUCCUUGAAGCUGGCGGACGUCUGCUUCCAAGGCGGGCGCAUGGGCCCGGUUCGCUCCCACUUGGAUAUCGAAGGCUACGAGGUGUUGGGGAAGGCCCUGAGCGCGCACCGGAGCAUCACAGAGCUGGACUUGAGCAAGAACUACUUCCAAGGACAGGGCUUUCCUCACUUGCUGCAGGGGGUGGUGGAGAUGACCGCGCUGCAGAGCAUCGCCUUGGGCGAGCGAGCGCUGGACUUCCGGAGCUUUCUCAGCGAGGAACACCUCGAGGCAGCAGAGAACUUCCUGGCGGUGGAGGUCCAGUUGCUGUGCAUGGCCAUCCGGAGGAAUCGGAAUCUCAGGAGUCUGAACCUCAACAAGGUUCAGUUGAAGUUGGACACCGUGAGGCACUUGGUGCACAGUCUGCGCAGCCGCGAGGGCAGCAGCUUGGACCUCUUGCACCUCCCAGGGGUGCCGCUGCUCUUGCGGCAGCUGGAGGCCGGGGAGAUCCAGGCGUUGGACUGUGGCUGCAGCUCCUGGACGCAGCGGAGCGCCUUCGCCCCCGCGUUCGUGUUCGCCCUGGAGCGCAGCCGUGGCUUGAAGUCAUUAGAUUUCUCCAACAACGACUUCGGCUCGGAGACGGAGCACGUGGUGGAUGCGGUGCUGGCCCUGGAACGAGGCAAGGAGAGAGCUGGUUUGCUCGCUUGGUAA